AAAACACAGUGUCUGGAAACACUUUGCGACCUACCUCUUUCCCGCGCCUCCCACCUCUGCGCCUAAGCGAAGACUCCCAAGUAUUGCUUUCUUCUGGGACACUGCUUGGAGGUUAACUGCGCGGGUUUGGAACAGAUUUUGUAUCUUGGCUGGCGUUGAGCGAAGGCCGUGGGGGAAAAGGUUGCUCUGAGAAUCUCAAGAUCUUGGGACUUGGGUUGUUCUUCAGGAAAAAAAUGAUUAUUUCUUUGAAUUCAUGCCUGAGCCUUGUCUGUUUACUGCUGUGCCACUGGAUUAAGACAGCAUUGCCUCUGAAUCUUGAAGACCCUAAUGUGUGCAGCCACUGGGAAAGCUAUUCAGUUACUGUGCAAGAGUCAUACCCGCAUCCCUUUGAUCAGAUUUACUACACCAGCUGCACUGACAUCCUAAACUGGUUUAAAUGCACACGGCACAGAAUCAGUUAUCGGACUGCCUAUCGACAUGGGGAAAAAACUAUGUAUAGGCGCAAAUCCCAGUGUUGUCCUGGAUUUUAUGAAAGCAGGGACAUGUGUGUCCCUCACUGUGCUGAUAAAUGUGUCCAUGGGCGCUGCAUUGCUCCAAACACCUGUCAGUGCGAGCCUGGCUGGGGUGGGACCAACUGCUCCAGUGCCUGUGAUGGUGAUCACUGGGGGCCUCACUGCAGCAGCCGGUGCCAGUGCAAAAAUAAGGCUCUGUGCAACCCCAUCACAGGGGCCUGCCACUGUGCUGCAGGAUUCCGGGGCUGGCGCUGUGAGGACCGCUGCGAGCAGGGCACCUAUGGUAACGAUUGUCACCAGAAAUGUCAGUGCCAGAAUGGAGCUACCUGCGAUCAUGUCACAGGGGAAUGCCGUUGCUCACCAGGAUACACUGGAGCCUUCUGUGAAGAUCUCUGUCCUCCUGGCAAACAUGGCCCACAGUGUGAGCAGAGAUGCCCCUGUCAAAAUGGAGGAGUGUGCCAUCACGUCACUGGAGAAUGCUCUUGCCCUUCUGGCUGGAUGGGCACAGUGUGUGGUCAGCCUUGCCCUGAGGGUCGCUUUGGAAAGAACUGCUCCCAAGAAUGUCAGUGCCACAACGGAGGGACAUGUGAUGCUGCCACAGGCCAAUGUCAUUGCAGUCCAGGAUACACAGGGGAACGGUGUCAGGACGAGUGUCCUGUUGGAACCUAUGGGGUUCGCUGUGCUGAGACCUGCCGGUGUGUCAAUGGAGGGAAGUGUUACCAUGUGAGUGGCGCAUGCCUCUGUGAAGCCGGCUUUGCUGGUGAGCUCUGUGAGGCUCGCCUGUGUCCAGAGGGGCUCUAUGGCAUUAAAUGCGACAAGCGAUGUCCCUGCCAUCUGGACAACACUCACAGCUGUCACCCCAUGUCUGGAGAGUGUGCUUGCAAGCCGGGCUGGUCGGGACUCUACUGUAAUGAGACAUGCUCUCCUGGAUUCUACGGGGAAGCUUGCCAACAAAUCUGCAGCUGCCAAAAUGGGGCUGACUGUGACAGUGUGACUGGAAAGUGCACCUGUGCCCCAGGAUUCAAAGGAAGUGACUGCUCCACCCCAUGCCGGCAGGGCACCUAUGGGAUAAACUGUUCCUCUCGCUGUGGCUGUAAAAACGAUGCUGUCUGUUCUCCUGUAGAUGGGUCUUGUACUUGCAAGGCAGGCUGGCACGGGGUGGACUGCUCCAUCAGCUGCCCCAGUGGCACCUGGGGCUAUGGCUGUAACUUAACAUGCCAGUGUCUCAACGGGGGAGCCUGCAACACCCUGGAUGGGACCUGCACGUGUGCACCUGGAUGGCACGGGGAGAAAUGUGAACUCCCCUGUCAGGAUGGUACGUAUGGGCUCAACUGUGCUGAGCGCUGUGACUGCAGCCAUGCAGAUGGCUGCCACCCCACCACGGGACAUUGCCGUUGCCUCCCUGGAUGGUCAGGUGUACACUGUGAUAGCGUGUGUGCUGAGGGACGCUGGGGUCCCAACUGCUCCCUGCCUUGCUACUGUAAAAACGGGGCUUCGUGCUCCCCAGAUGACGGCAUCUGUGAGUGUGCGCCAGGAUUCCGAGGUACCACUUGUCAGCGAAUCUGCUCCCCUGGUUUUUACGGGCAUCGCUGCAGCCAGACAUGUCCCCAGUGUGUCCACAGUAGCGGGCCAUGCCACCACAUCACAGGCCUCUGUGACUGUUUGCCUGGCUUCACGGGUGCCCUCUGCAAUGAAGUGUGUCCCAGUGGCAGAUUUGGGAAGAAUUGUGCAGGGAUUUGUACUUGCACCAACAACGGUACCUGCAACCCCAUUGACAGGUCUUGUCAGUGCUACCCAGGUUGGAUUGGCAGUGAUUGCUCUCAACCAUGUCCACCUGCCCACUGGGGCCCAAACUGCAUCCACACUUGCAACUGCCACAACGGGGCUUUCUGCAGUGCCUAUGAUGGGGAAUGUAAAUGCACUCCUGGCUGGACAGGACUCUACUGCACUCAGAGAUGUCCUCUGGGGUUUUAUGGCAAGGACUGUGCAAUGAUAUGCCAGUGUCAAAAUGGAGCCGACUGCGACCACAUCUCUGGACAGUGUACCUGCCGCACAGGAUUCAUGGGGAGGCACUGUGAGCAGAAGUGCCCUGCAGGAACCUAUGGCUAUGGCUGUCGCCAGAUAUGUGACUGUAUGAACAACUCCACCUGCGACCACAUCACUGGGACCUGUUACUGCAGCCCAGGAUGGAAAGGGGCACGAUGUGAUCAAGCUGGUGUUAUAAUCGUUGGGAAUUUGAACAGUCUAAGCCGAACCAGCACUGCCCUCCCUGCUGACUCCUACCAGAUCGGGGCCAUCGCGGGCAUCAUCAUUCUUGUCCUCGUUGUUCUCUUCCUACUGGCGUUGUUCAUUAUUUAUAGACACAAGCAGAAGGGGAAGGAGUCAAGCAUGCCAGCAGUGACCUACACUCCUGCCAUGCGGGUCAUCAAUGCAGACUACACCAUUUCAGAAACCCUGCCCCAUAGCAACGGUGGAAAUCCCAACAGCCACUACUUCACCAAUCCCAGUUACCACACCCUUACCCAGUGUGCCACAUCCCCUCAUGUCAACAACAGGGACAGGAUGACCAUUGCCAAGUCAAAAAACAAUCAGUUGUUUGUGAAUCUUAAAAACGUGAAUCCUGGGAAGAGAGGCCCUGUGGUGGACUGCACAGGGACCCUGCCCGCAGACUGGAAACACGGUGGCUACCUCAACGAGCUCGGUGCUUUUGGACUUGACAGAAGCUAUAUGGGAAAAUCCUUAAAAGAUCUGGGAAAGAAUUCUGAAUAUAAUUCAAGUAACUGCUCCUUAAGCAGUUCUGAAAACCCUUAUGCCACUAUUAAAGAUCCACCUGUACUUCUCCCUAAAAACUCCGAGUGUGGUUACGUGGAGAUGAAGUCACCAGCACGAAGAGAUUCCCCGUAUGCAGAGAUCAAUAACUCAACUUCAGCCAAUAAGAAUGUCUAUGAAGUUGAACCCACAGUGAGUGUUGUCCAAGGAAUAUUCAGCAAUAAUGGGCAUCUCACCCAGGAUCCAUAUGACCUCCCAAAGAACAGUCACAUCCCUUGCCAUUAUGACCUGCUACCAGUUCGGGACAGUUCAUCUUCUCCCAAGCGAGAGGACAGUGGCAGCAGCAGCAGCAGCAGCAGCAGCAGUGAAUGA